GUGAUGAUGAACGUGAUGAAAAUUCCUUACUGUGUUAUGGUAUAUGUGAUGGUCACAUUUGCGAUAAUGAUACUGUGUGUGUUGAGAGAGACAAUGUAUGCGACGGCUAUACGUUCCAUUGUGAAGAUCACUCUGAUGAAGACACGAGUUUAUGUCCGCAAUUUCAAGAAUGUUUUUACUGCAAUGACUUCUGCAUUCAGUGGGAAUGGGUGUGUGAUAAUUUAGCAGACUGUGAAGAUUACUGAAGAGAAACUCAUUGGAUGUGGUAGAGUGGCUGAUCGGUGUUGGCAAGGUGGAUUCUUGUGCAUGCAUGGAAGUUUUUGUGUUCCCCAAGAAUGGCGCUGUGAUGGCCAUAAUGAUUGCGGAGAUGAUUCGGAUGAAGAUAACUGCCUGAAUGGUGUCUCUGAAUUUAAAGUCAAUAGCUGGGGUGUGAUUGGAGGGUGGUCGUCCUGGAGUGAGUGGUCUAACUGUGAUGCGGAAUGUGGCGCUGGAGAAAGAUCUCGACACCGUGUGUGCUUAGAUCCACAGAGUAAAUGUGAUGAUCAGGAAGUUGAAUUUGAAACUUGUGAAAAUGAUUGUUAUGUCGAGGCAGAUUCAGGAUGCGGUACACGUAAAUCAAACAGUUUACAGCGCAUAGUUGGUGGUGAGCCUUCCAGGAUAGGGAGCUGGCCAUGGCAGGUACAACUGGUGUAUUCAUACAAUAGCGGUGCCCAGCAAGUAGUAUGUGGAGGAUCAUUGGUUGGACCUAAACAUGUCAUCAGUGCUGCACAUUGCUUUGUUGGCAGCAUGAACAACAUAAAGAAAUGGAAAGUGAGGUUAGGUAAAUUUCUUCUGAAUAAUCAGCCAGAACUAGGAGCAGUUGAAUCGCGUGUUCGGAAGAUUAUUGUACACCCACAGUUUGAUCCAGAAACGAUGGAUAAUGACAUUGCAUUAUUGGUUCUAAGAACUAACAUCCAUCAGGCCACUGACACUAUCAACUAUGUAUGUGUGGACAAAAAGUUGGAUUUUACUGAAGGAGCUUAUUGUUUUGUUACUGGUUGGGGAGUCACUAAAAUGGAGGGAUCUCAGUCACAGUUCUUACAGGAAGCCUAUGUUCCGUUAAUUUCUAAGACUGUGUGUAAUGCCCCUAGUGCAUACGAGGGUUAUGUGAAUGAUAAUAUGCUGUGUGCAGGACAUAUGGACGGAAUGGUGGAUGCAUGCCAGGGAGAUUCAGGAGGACCACUGGUGUGUCUACAUUCUGAUGGACACUGGUAUCUAGUGGGCAUCACCAGCUGGGGCUAUGGAUGUGCACUGAAAGACAAACCUGGAAUUUAUACCAAUCUUCAAAAAUAUGUGGAUUGGGCAGAAGAGAAUAUUGGUUCUUCGUUGUUAUCACCAUGAACAGUGAGGAAUAAAACGUGGCGUCAAUAAGCCAUGUACACCAUAGACGUUUUGAUUUGUACACGUGCUGGUCAUUUAGAGUAUGUGAUGCAAUGACUACCAUUCAUAGUAGAUAGUUUGGACUAUAAUAUGUCAGUAUCAUACCGUUCAGUAUGUAUUGGCUAUUUAUC